AGCAACUUUAUAUUCCCAACGCCGUCUCAAACACUCAUCCGCAAAACCCUAAUUCACACCCUCCAGCGAAGAAACCAGCGGUCCAAUGCCACCGAAGUUCGAUCCCUCGCAGGUGGUGGACGUGUUCGUUCGCGUCACCGGUGGCGAGGUUGGUGCGGCGAGUUCCCUCGCCCCGAAGAUCGGUCCGUUGGGACUUUCUCCGAAGAAGAUCGGUGAAGACAUCGCCAAGGAGACCGCAAAGGACUGGAAGGGCCUCCGCGUGACGGUGAAGCUCACCGUUCAGAACCGCCAGGCGAAGGUGACGGUGGUGCCCUCGGCCGCCGCACUCGUCAUCAAAUCGCUCAAAGAGCCCGAGAGAGACAGGAAAAAGACUAAGAACAUUAAGCACAACGGAAACAUCUCGCUCGAUGACGUGAUUGAGAUCGCGAGGGUGAUGAGGCCGCGCUCCAUGGCGAAGGAUCUCAGCGGAACCAUUAAAGAGAUCCUCGGCACUUGCGUGUCGGUUGGGUGCACUGUCGACGGGAAAGACCCCAAGGAUCUGCAGCAAGAGAUUACCGAUGGCGACGUUGAGGUUCCUCUCGAAUGAUUUUGAUGAAUUUUCAGUGUAUUUUUUUUGUUUAGAUUGUUGCUGUUUUUGGCAUUAUAAUUUUGAAUUCAGUUUAAUUUAUAGAGGAAAUUGUUUUGCUUCGGAAUGGUAGGUAUUUGUCUUGGUUGGUAAAUGAUAACACAUUGUUAGGAUCCGAGUAGUUUUGUAUCGAGCAUUAUCAUGGUUAACUGUUUUUUUUUUUUGCU